UAAGCUUCCUUGAAAUACUUAUUUCAAGUUUCAGUUUUCUUUAUUUAUUUAUUUAUUUAUUUUGUUUAGGGUUCUGUUCUGUUUGAGUGAUGCCAAAUUGUCUUAACUUGUUCGUAAGCUCCUUCAAUGGCCAUUAAACUUUCAUCUUUAACAUGUUCAAGCAAAAUCCUCAAAUGCGUUUUAACCGCGCGUAUUUCUUCACUUUCGUAUGCCAGUACACUCCAAGUUACUGAUUAUGAAGUGAAAAUUCAAUCUUUAAGGAAUAAACUAUUCCCGGAUAAUCUUAUCCGGGUUUUGGAUAGCACUGGCGACUUGAACUCCGCUGUGAAGAUAUUUAAAUGGGCAUCUCUCCAAAAAGGGUUUCAACACACGGCUGAUACUUAUGGUAAGAUAAUUUUGAAUCUGGGUUUGGCUGGAAACGUUGAACAAAUGGAGGGGUUUUGUCAAAAUAUGAUGAAAGAUAAAUGUCCAAAUGCAAAAGAAACUCUUAUUUCAUUAGUUGAAUUGUUUGUUCAACAUAAUAGAGUGAAUGAGGCAAUAAGGGUUCUUGUGAGUAUGAUUUUGGGUGGUUUUAUGCCCUCAGUAGAUGUAUUUAACGUUUUGUUAGGUGCCAUUGUGAAGAAGAAGAGAGGUUUUGAAGAUAUGGUGUUUAUUUAUAAGGAGAUGGUAAAAGCAGGAGUUUUGCCAAAUGUUGAUACUUUGAACUAUUUGUUGGAGGUUUUGCUUGAAACUGGUAGGAUUGAGUCUGCUUUGGAUCAGUUUAGGAGAAUGAACAAGAAAGGGUGUAGUCCAAAUAGUAGAAGUUUUGAGAUAAUAAUAAAAGGUCUUAUUUUGAGCAAUCGAGUGGAUGAUUCAGUUAUCAUUUUAGGCGGGAUGUUUAAUGCUGGAUUUGAGCCAAAAUUAAGUUUCUAUACCUGUAUAAUACCACUGUUUUGUAGGGAGAAUAAACUAGAGGAGGGAAUCCGACUAUUAAGGUUGAUGACAGCUUCAAAUCUUUUGCUGGACGAGUUGAUUUAUACAGAGUUGAUUAGAUGUAUGUGUGAGAACCAUAGAAUAGAUGAUGCGAAUAAUCUUCUUGAAGAGAUGAUAGAAAGUGGUAGAACACCUGCUGUUGACGUGCUUGUUGAUCUAGUAGUAGGACUUUGUGCAGUAGGAAAAUUUGAUGAGGCCAUGAAUUUCUUGGAAGACAAAUGUGGUUACAUGACUUCUCCAUACAACGCUAUGCUUGAAGGUUGCUGCAAUGCUGGUAAAUGUUUUCUGGCGAAAAGUAUCUUGGACAAAAUGGCUGAGAGAAACAUAACUGAUUGUGAUUCUUGGAAUAUUCUAAUCAGAUGGCUUUGUGAGAAUAUGGAAAUAAGGAAAGCGAAUGAACUUCUUAGUAGAAUGAUUAAAUUUUCCAAAGUUCCUGACUCAGUCACAUACUCAGCUCUUGUUGUAGGCAAUUGUCAAUUGAGAAAGUAUGAGGAUGCUCUACAGGUGUUCCAUCGGGGCUGUAUCAAAAAUUGGGUUUUGGAUUCUAUAUCUUAUUUGGAGUUAUUGGAAGGUCUUUGUCAGGCAGGAAAGAUCAUGGAAGCUGCUGAAGUAUUUGAUUACAUGUCUAAGAAUAAAUGCUCCCUCAAUCCUUCUUCUUACAGUAUGCUGAUAGGCAGCAUGUGUCGCAGGGGACAAGUGGAUAAAGCAAUUAGGCUACGUGGUUUGGCUUACAGUUCUAAUACUUCUUAUACUACUUUAACUUACACUACAAUCAUGCAUGGGUUGUCAAAAUUAAAAAUGGCUAAAGGGAUAAUGGUAAUUCUCUCACAAAUGUUGGUAGACGGUUGUGCUCUGGAUGUGGAAGUAUAUUGCAUCCUCAUACAAAGCAUGAGUGCACAAAAUCGAUCUAAGGAUUCUGCUUUCUUUUUCAAUUUGAUGGUCAAUGAGGGUUUAGUGCCUGACCGAGAAACAAUGCAUACUCUUCUGUGUUGUUUGACUAGCCAAUCUGACUUGCACAUGGUUUUAAGUGGGAUUGAUAAACUAGUUUCUGAUAGUGAUAUUUUUGAUUCAUCUAUGUAUAACAUACUAAUCAAUAGCCUCUGGAAAGAGGGUCUAAAAAGUGAGGCUUCCCGAUUAUUGGAUCUGAUGAUAGAAAAAGGUUGGGUACCAGAUGCUACCACUCACAGACUGUUGGUUGGAUCUUUUAUCAAAAGUGACACAGAUGGUGAAACAUUUGCAUAUGAGGAUUCCAUACAAGAUAGUGUUAGCAACAUUCUCGCUGAGGGAUUGGGAAAUACAUGACAAGUUCCCAUAGUUGACAAUGAAACUGUAAUUAAAAAGUUUCUAAAUUAUCCUGGUGGAAAACUCACCAUGAUGGGAUGUAAGCUUCUUCGGGAUCUAAUUUUGCAGUUUUCGUUGAGUUGCAUGAGAAAUCAGAGUUGGUUGAGUUGCGAGAUCAGAGUUGGUCUUCACCCAGCCAUCUUAUAAUCUGUGACAUGAUGCCACUGCAUUGUAAAUGUUGUGGCAUCAUAAGCUUUUUGGUCCAUUGUAUUUUUUGUUAAGUACUUGUGCUUUGCUCUUUUAAUUGUUAUUAUGGUGCAAUAUGCUCCAUAUGAACUCGGGAAAUCUCUUUGUUCUGUUAAGUCAUACUUAAUAUGAUAUCAGUGAAGUUAGUGCUAGGGUAUUUAAUUUAAUCAAGUCAAUUUCUGUAAUAUGCUCCUGUAGUCCAUUACAGUAUUGCCUAUAUUUAGCUUCAAUAUUACCGUAUGAUUUAGAAUUGUUUUUAUAUGUUGGAUUGAUAUCAAACAAAAAAAUUGUCAAUUCCCUUCCAAUGCAGAAGCUUAACAUUACUUUACUUUCACAGAUAUCAAGCAGUGCCCUAAUAAGUUUGAAUUCAUAUCAACUUGUGCAUCAGACUAUUUGGAAUCAUAUUUUUGGGUAGAAUUGAGAGGGCGGAAAGAUUAUAAUCAGCAAAUUGAGGUCUGAGGGAAGACUGGAAUUGCAACCUGCAGGCCAGAGAUUGUUGACCAGUAUUUAGCAGCUGAAGUUCAUUCUUUGAUGGUGUUAAGGAUGCAAGUGAUAAGGAAAUUCUAGUGGACCGUUUAUUCUGAGCGACCUGCAAAUAUAAUGUUAAUUUCUGGAGACAGAGAUGUCUCCAAUGCUCUCCAUCGAUUGAAGAUGAAAAGAUACGACAUUCUGCUUGCUCAGUUGCAGAAAGCAUUGGCUCUUCUCCUUGCAGUCACCAAGAUCGUAUGGCUCUGGACAAGUCUUGUGGCUGAGGCCCUUCAUUAAUGACUAAAAUUGGUAACAAAUUUCAGUCCCUAAUGAUAUGCCUUUUGCUCAUGUGCAAGUUCCCUACUUGGGAAAUCCUGAUGAGAAAUUCAGUAAUAGUGCACUAGUUGAUAUUCUGGAAGAUCAAGAAACCUGUAAAUUAUAAUCCCAAGAGUUCUGUUAUGGGCCUUGUCCGAAUGGAUUUGCUCAUUUCAACCUUGCUCAGAAUCAUUAUAGAAAUCAUUAACCACCACAGCCUUUAGUGCGAAACAAUCACCCUAAUCAUCCUCGUAGUUCUGUCUAGAAAGGUAGUGAAGUCAGCAAAUUUGAUCCUAUUAGCAUGAAUAUGAACCCUGCAUUGUUUAGUAAGUCACAAAAUGGACUUAUAGAGCAUAGGAAGCUGUUGUUUUCUUCACCAGUGAACUUAAUUGACAUUUCUAGCAAUAUCAUAUGAGGGAUGCAAGGGUGCCAAAAACCUUCUAAUGAUGUCCAAAACUCUUAUAGGUGUUGUGUUACUAGCAUUGAACUCCUUAAAAUGUGAAAAGAUGAUGUCAACUGAAGGUAAUAUUGUCAAUUGCAUUUGAUAUGGGGAUCCAAAGCAUCAGGAUACUAACAUUAAAAAGUCCUUGGAAUUGUUGUUGAUCAGUAUGUGGUAGUGAAGCAGAAAAUUAGAAACAUGAACUUCUAUGUUGGUAAGAAGAAGAAACUCUGGAAAUGUGUGAACCUUAUUGCUUGUAAUCCUAUGUGAAUCUCGGAAAUGGCAUUGGAAAGUAUUGAAAAGUUUCUAAUGUCUCCUGGAUGGCAAUCUGCAAUUGUGGCUUCUCAAUGCAGGUAUGAAGCUGGUACUAUUUUUAAGUAUAAUGUGCUUGAAAGAGUUUACAUUAGGUGACAUACUACAGGUCUUGAACAUGGUUAUUACCAUAAAAAAAUGGAUUGAUCAUAAUCAAGCAGGAUGGCAGCCAAUUUUCAUCAAUGUUGUGGAAUGCAGUCCUGAAUUAGGCACUAUAUCUUGUUCAUAAAGCAAAAUAUUAUAAUCAGCUCAGGUUGUGGACCGAGGGAAGACUAAAAUUGCAAACAGCAGACUUUAGAUUGUUGACCAUUAUUUGGCAGCUGAAGUUCAUUCUUCAACAGUAAGAUUGAUUUUGAACUCAAGCUACAGUUGCCACAGAAGCAGUUUUCACCAACUCUUACUGGAAUUUGUUAACUUGGUUUAACAGUUACAGAGUUAGUACAAGUUUUCAUGAGCUGAAAUUCUCGCCUAGAAAAUGGAAAUUGAAAUGAUAAAUUGAAGAGACAAAUUUGUCUAAAGAGACCAUAUUGUUGUAAUUUAACUCAAUUGCUCUCUCGCACCCUCGCGCA